GGCCGAUGGGUUUAUCACACCGCGGCACUUGUGUAUUUUUACCGGCUUCAAUAGUUACUGGCGCUUUUCAUCAACCGCCAUUAUAUCUAAAGUUCCUCAUGAAUAAGAAAAUUUUUAACUUUAUUUAAUCUGUUAAAUAUUAUAAAAAUAAUUAUCAAAAAACAUGAGUAAUUGGGGUGACAAUAGAUCACGAGGAGGCAGAGGUGGAAGAGGAGGAAACCAAGAUGGUUAUCAACGCCGUGAAUGGACGAAUUCUAAUCGUGAUAACAAUCAAGGACGAGAAUCUCGAGGUAGUAACGCGAGCUAUGGGAGUCAAGGACAAGACUCAAAUUCAGUGACGAUUCAAAUUCAGCAGAAAUUCGUUGGAAAAAUCAUUGGUCGUCAAGGUGCUACUAUUAAGGAUCUACAAGCUCAAUCUGGAGCUAACAUCAGUAUUGACAAGAGCACUGAUGGUAUUGGAACAUCAGUCAGGAUAACCGGCAGUGAAGAGGCAAGAGAAAAGGCACAGGAAUUGAUCAACAAUAUUACUAGCGAUGAUUCAUCGUAUGGAUCUCGACAAGGUGAUAGACAGCAAACAUACGAUUCAAGACAAGAUGACAGACAGUCAUACGGUUCCAGAUCAAAUAACAGGCAGUCUUAUGAGCAUCAAGAUGACCGUGAACCUUACGGGUCAGCGAGGUGGGAUAGCGAUCAACAAAACCAAAGCCAAAAUUAUCAGCAGUCUCAAAGCCAAAAUUAUCAGCAGCCAUCAAACACUCAGCGUAGCUGGCACCAACCUCAGUCAGAUCCACAACAGCAAUCAUCUCAGCCUCAGGAAGAAGAGCGUGAUCCUUUAGAUUUCGGUGACUUUGAUUGGGCUGCUGUGAACGAAGAGCAGAAGAACUUCGAGCAAGAGCGCUGGAAACACUUGAAACCACUGAAGAAAAAUUUCUACAUCGAAGAUCCUCAAGUCGCUAACAUGUCUCCGGAAGAAGCGGCUCGAAUCCGUCAGUCAAAGAAUAACAUUGACUGUCGCGUUAUGAUUGAAGAUGUUGAGAAUCCUGAGAACAACAAAGUCCCGAACCCCGUGACGACAUUCGAGCAAGCGUUUCGUAAUUAUCCAGAAAUUCUGGAUGAGAUUCGCAAGCAAGGCUUCCAAGAACCUAGUCCAAUUCAGUGUCAAGCAUGGCCGGUUUUACUGAGUGGAAAGGAUAUGAUUGGAAUUGCCCAGACAGGUACUGGAAAAACUUUAGCGUUCUUGCUACCUGCUUUGAUUCAUAUUGACGGACAAGAGACUCCUCGUGAUAAACGUGUCGGUCCUAAUGUCAUGAUAAUGGCGCCUACUAGAGAGUUAGCUCUGCAAAUUUACAGCGAAGUUCAAAAGUACAGCUACCGUGGUAUCAAAGCCACUUGCUUGUAUGGAGGAGGAAGCCGCAAAGAACAAGUCCUCAGUGUAGAGAAAGGAGUUAAUAUUGUGAUUGCUACUCCCGGAAGAUUGAAUGAUCUUGUGAUGGCUGGUACUCUCAAUGUCAGCGAAAUAAGUUAUCUUGUACUUGAUGAAGCUGACAGAAUGUUAGACAUGGGAUUCGAGCCCCAAAUUCGCAAGGCUUUGAUUGAUGUUCGUCCUGACCGUCAGACUGUUAUGACCAGUGCUACAUGGCCCGAUGGAGUCAGAAGAUUAGUUAAAUCGUAUAUGAAUGACCCCAUCCAAGUUUACGUUGGAUCUCUGGACUUGGCUGCUACGCAUUCAGUGCGACAAAUAAUUAAAAUUAUUGAUGAAUCCGAAAAAACUCAAGAACUCCACAACUUCUUUCAAAGUAUGGGAGAUAAAGACAAAGCAAUGGUUUUCUUCGGUAAAAAAGCGCGAGUUGAUGACUUAGCUAGUGAACUUGCUCUUAGCGGUGUAAAUGCACAAAGUAUUCAUGGUGGACGCGAACAAGCGGACCGAGAACAAGCUCUAGCUGACUUGAAAUCUGGCGAAGUAAAAAUUCUUCUUGCUACCGAUGUCGCUAGUCGUGGUAUUGAUAUUGAGGAUAUCACACUUGUGUUCAAUUAUGAUUUCCCUCGUGAUAUUGAAGAAUAUGUCCAUCGUGUUGGCCGUACUGGGCGUGCUGGUCGCUCUGGUGAGAGUAUUAGUCUUGUUACUCGUGGUGAUUGGGCUAUUGCUAAGCAACUAAUCGCUAUUUUAGAAGAAGCUAGUCAGGAAGUACCUGAAGAACUAUUUCAAAUGUGCGAGCGUUAUGAUGCAUGGAAAGAGCGUAAAGCUCAAGAUAAAGAUUUAGCACGUAUGGACGCUCGUGGAGGUGGAGGUCGUUACGGCGGCGAACGUGGUGGAGAUAACAACUCUUUCGGAGGCGGCGGAGGACGUGGAAGAGGUGGACGAGGAGGACGAGGAGGAGGCCGCGGUGGUCGAGGCCGUAACAAUUAUGAUUCAUUUUAUUAAUUACGCAAAAUUUAACUAUCAGUUUAACUUCUGUACUAAAAUUUUUAAUUUAAAGACAGAAGACAUGUACAAACAUUCGUCAAUUGCUAUUUAAAGACUGCUUAAUGACUAAGUACAAAUGUGUGAUAACACGCUUUAAAGAUAUACUUUUUUAGUAUUAAUAUAUUAUAAUUAAAUAUAUAAUAAUAAAAUAUUAUAAUAUAUUAAUAAAAUAGAUUAUUAAAGAUUUAAUAAUCUGAGUCUUCCACUCAUUUGCAUAUAUUAUUUUGUGUUAAUUAGAUUUAUGUAUAUGUAUUAGUAUUGUGUACGUUAUUUAGCAGAAAUUAACGAAUGUUUAUAAUAAUCUUUCUUUAUUAUAUUCACGAGCUUUAUUAAGACGUUGAUUAAAAUUUAAUAUUUUCUAUUCUACUUAAUUUUCUUAAGACUCAAUUGUUAAGAGUUAUCAAAUAUAUAUUAUAGUACGUUUAAAAAAAGCAAUCUUUUCUACUUGACUGUAUUUAAAGCUGUGUAUUGUUUAAUAAAUAAAAGCUACUUAAUAUAAUUUUUAUA